GGAAAAUUGAUGAAAGUAUUUGUGAAAAUUUAAUUAAUUGAAAAAAGAGGUUUCUAAUCAGUUAAUCGACAUGGCUGACUUUUUAACGCCUGAAGAAGAGUAUGAGCUCAUGUAUGGCGAGGAAUUGGAAAUGAUGAAUGAUUUUGAAGAGCCUGAAAAUGUAGCAGCACCAAUAGCUUCUACUCAGAAGACAACAGUCCGUAAUGACAAUACAUUACUUUCAAGUCCUGCAUUAUCACAGAUUUCAAGAGAUGAAAGACAUAUUCCAUUUACACCAUCUAAUAAUAUUCACAAGAAUAAGAAGACUUCGACACCGUUCCUUGAAAAACUUAAAGCUGUAGAUGAUGAAUUUGACAAGAUAAAAUCUAAAAAUAUUGAUGCAUUAAAUGAGAUACAGAAUUUCGGCAUGAAACGUAAACGAAAGCUUGAGGAUCUAUUUGGUGACAUUUAUGACAUUGAGGCUGAGGAUGCAUUCUUUAAAAAGCCCAAAACGGAAGAAGAAAAGGACAUGGAAACGAUUGAGAAAAUCAUUGAAGCUAGAAAGGUCUUUGAUUUAUAUUUAAAUCCCCUCAAAAAUAGUGAAUUUGACAGGCUUGAAGCACUUCAUAAAUUCAAAAAGGACAAUAUAUCCAAGACAAUUCCUAGAUAUCCAUUUAUGACACUAUCUAGUCUCGAUGAUCGCUAUUAUGUUCGAUUUCAUUCUGAAGAUUUUGAGAAUAAGAAAUUAACCGAAAUAGAGGCACAUAAUUUGAAUGCUGGAAAGUUCUUUGGGAAUCAUACUGAACAGUUGUGGCAAGAAGCUAAUCAAAUAAUACUCAAAAAUGUCCAAGGGUCAUCACAAAUGCGACAACUUGCACAAGAAAAUUCUGCAAAUCAUCAAAAUACUUCCGGUGCAUCUCUUUGGGUUGAAAAGUACUGUCCAAAAAAGUAUAUUGAUCUUUUGUCUGACGAAUCUACAAAUCGUUCACUUUUACAAUGGAUCAAGCUAUGGGAUAAGGCUGUAUUUAAUCGGGAACCUGUCAAGAAAAAUACAAAGCCUGGAGAGUUGAGCAAUUUCAAUAGAAGAACUGGAAGAUUUGAACAAAACGGUGGAUGGAUCAAAAGAAAAUUUAGAGGAAAUAUGCUUAAUACUGAGCUUGAUGAAAAUGGCGUUCCAGUACAAAAAAUAGCUCUAUUAGUUGGUCGUCCUGGAUUGGGAAAAACUACACUAGCUCAUGUUAUUGCGAAGCACGCUGGCUAUGAAGUUCGUGAAAUGAACGCGUCCGAUGACAGAAAUGUAGAUAGUUUUCGACAAAUUUUAGAAUCGUGUACUCAAAUGAAAUCAGUUUUAAAUCGAGAGAAUCGUCCUAAUUGCAUUGUUUUAGAUGAGAUUGAUGGUGCACCACUUCCGUCUGUAGAAUUCUUAAUUCGAUUUGUUUCUGGUCAAAUCAGUGAAAAGAGCAAGAAAGGAAAGAAUAACAAAAAGUUUGUGCUGAAACGUCCAAUAAUCUGUAUUUGUAAUGAUCUUUAUGGAGCCAAUUUAAGAACUUUACGUCAAAUUGCAUUUGUUGUAAAUUUCCAAUCUAUUGACAAUGCACGACUUGCUGAACGUUUAAUUCAUAUAUCAUAUAGAGAGCAUGUAAAAACAGACAUGACGGCUAUGCUUUCAUUAGCUGAGAAAACUGGUGGAGAUAUUCGUUCCUGUAUAUCAGUCAUUCAAUUUUUUAGUAACACGAAAAAGGCACUGACAUUAUUUGAUGUUUUAAAAAGUAAUGUAGGACAAAAGGAUCAACACAAGACACUCUUUAAUGUUUGGUCAUCAAUAUUUCAAAUACAACGACCGAAGAAAGUACUUAAACAGUCAUCAAAUGAUCAACAGAAACAAAUUAUCGGUAUGACUGACAUGUCUAUAAGAACACGCAUGAUGUAUGUAUUGGAAAUGGUGAAUAGCUGUGGUGAAUAUGAGAAGCUUGGCCAGGGUGUGUUUGAGAAUUUCUUAAAGCAAAAAAUUCAGGAUACAAAUUUGACAUCCAUUGUGGAGGCAUCGAAAUGGUUUUGUUUUAAUGAUUUGAUUCAACACAAAAUCAACACUCAACAAAACUACAUAAUUUAUCCAUACCUUCAAUUUGCGUUUGUUUGCUGGCAUUUCUGUUUCUCAUCAAUGGCAUAUCCACAAAUCACUUAUCCACAGAAACAAUAUGAAGUGUCUCAAAAAAUAUCGACAUCGAAGCAAAUUUUCGAGUGUAUAAAGAAAGGAAUAGUCUCAAAUGGAGUCCGUGCUGGUCAUGAAUUAUUGAUUGAUACAAUAAGUCUGUUGAAGAACAUUAUUUGUCCUGAAAUACGAUCCGUUUCAAUGCACUUAUUGACCCCAAACGAAAAGAUUGAUUUACAUCAUACAGUUCAAAUUUAUGCAGAUUUUGGAGUAUCAUUGAUUCAAAUGCAGGCUGCAGAUGGGACAUACCUUUACAGAUCAGAGCCUGACAUCGACCAUUUCAGUUUUACUGGCAUACCUAACAAGCAAAUUAGCUAUUGGAGUAAACAAAUUAUUGCACAAGAAGUUCAAGUUGAGAAAAUGAGACGAGCUCGUCCUAAAGUUGGGAUCGAAAAUCUAAAAAUAAUAGAAGAAAAGACUAAGAAGGCUGAAAAGGCUAAAGAAAUUCUUUCGCCAACAUCAGAGAAUAAAGCAUUGCCUAAUCAUUUACAAAGACUAAUGCCGAUUAUAGCAAAAGAGAAGUUACUGCCAUCAACAUUAGUUUGCAAAGAUUUUUUUGGACGUGCCAUGUCAAAGGAGUCGACUUCAGAUAACUCAUCAGUACAUGAUCCAUUCAAGAACAUCCUAGUGAGAAGUCCAAUAUGGUUCAAAUUCAAAGAAGGAUUCAAUAAUGCUGUUAGAAAGGACGUUACAUUCUCAGAUUUGCUAUAAAAAUAUAAAUUGAUUAAUUUAAGAAUAAAAAGAAAAAGUUUUUAAUAUCAG